CUAAAUUGAAGCUUCUUGGCCGCAUUUACCUCUUUUCGGAACGAACCGGACGUCUGAGCUUAAUCCUUUUUCCAGCUGUAGUCUUCUCUGCCUUCUGGUUGGCUCUGCCUCUGUCGUUAGUUGUUAUCUUCUUAUCCGCAGUCUCUUACUCGAUUGAUUGAGCUGCUCUCGCGCCAUGGCGGUCGCCGUCGCCGCCUCUCUCCUUCCAUUCUUCUACCACCUCCUCGUCCUUUCGGCCUCCCGAUGGCUCUACGCCGGCGCUGCCUACAUCGCGUACAACACGUCAGGUAGCCUCGUCCCAGGCAAGAUUAACGUCCACCUGGUUCCCCACAGCCACGACGACGUCGGCUGGCUCAAGACCAUCGACCAGUACUACGUCGGUUCAAAUAACUCCAUCCAGGGUGCUUGCAUCCAGAAUGUGUUGGAUUCGGUUGUGGAGGCUCUCCUCAAAGACAAGAAUCGAAAGUUCAUAUACGUGGAGAUGGCUUUCUUCCACCGGUGGUGGCGACAGCAGAGCGAUACCACGAAGAAGUCAGUAAAGGGGCUCGUUAGCUCGGGACAAUUGGAGUUCAUAAACGGAGGUUGGUGUAUGCAUGAUGAGGCAGCUGUCCACUACAUUGACAUGAUUGAUCAAACUACUCUCGGGCAUCAGUUUCUGAAGCAGGAGUUUGGCCAAGUUCCAAGGAUUGCUUGGCAGAUUGAUCCAUUUGGCCAUUCUGCUGUACAAGCUUAUUUGCUUGGAGCAGAGGUUGGUUUUGAUGCCCUUUAUUUUUCACGAAUUGAUUACCAAGACCGACAAAAGAGGACAGAUACCAAGAGCCUUGAAGUUGUGUGGCGGGGUUCCAAAACUCUUGGUUCAUCUGUAGAUAUAUUCACCGGCAUAUUCCCAAAGGACUAUGAACCACCCCCUGGUGGUUUUUACUUUGAGGUUAAUGAUGAGUCACCUGUUAUCCAGGAUGAUCCUCUUUUAUUUGAUUACAAUGUUCAAGAACGAGUAGAUGAUUUUGUAGCUGCAGCUUUAUCCCAGGCCAACAUUACUAGGACGAAUCAUAUCAUGUUCACUAUGGGGACUGAUUUCAAGUAUCAAUAUGCAUCCUCAUGGUUCCGACAAAUGGAUAAGUUCAUUCAUUAUGUCAAUAAGGAUGCACGCAUAAAUGCCUUGUAUUCGACUCCAUCAAUUUACACAGACGCUAAGCAUGCUGCAAAUGAGGCUUGGCCUCUGAAGAUGGAUGAUUUCUUCCCAUAUGCCGAUCGUGCCAAUGCAUAUUGGACAGGAUACUUCACAAGUAGACCUGCUUUAAAGGCUUAUGUAAGAAUGUUGAGCUCUUAUUAUUUGGCAGCAAGGCAGUUAGAAUUUCUUAAAAGAGGAAGUUAUGGCCUUACAACAAACAGUCUGGCUGAAGCUUUAGCAAUUGCACAACAUCAUGAUGCAAUUACAGGAACAGAGAAACAACAUGUUGCAGACGAUUAUGCCAAGCGAUUAGCUAUUGGUUAUACAGAGGCUGCUAAAUUGGUUGAAUCUACACUUACUUCCUUGACUGAAUCACAUUCCAGCUCUGGUCAUGAUGGUGGUGAUGCUGUAACAACAAAAUUUGAGCAGUGCUCCCUUCUUAACAUAAGUUACUGCCCUGCAUCUGAGUCAGAAAUAAAAGAUGGAAGGAGCUUGGUUGUUCUUGUCUAUAACUCUCUUGGUUGGAGAAGGGAGGACAUCAUCCGAAUACCUGUUAUCAGUGAUGCUAUUCUUGUCACAGAUCAUGAAGGAAAGAUAAUCAAGUCUCAGCUUUUACCUAUAAACAGUGCCUCCUUGUCUUUACGGAAAACCUAUGUGCAGGCAUACAUAGGCAACUCGCCUAGUGUAACACCUAAAUAUUGGCUUGCUUUCCCAGUAACAGUAGAAGCUCUUGGUUUCUCGACAUAUUUCAUUAGAAGUUCGGAAACAAGAGGUACCCAUGCUUUUAUGUCAAUAGUUGACUCAUCGCAAGGUAUGAAAAAUUCCACAAAGGAGGUCGAGCAAGGAAAUCUAAAGCUUCAGUUUAAUCAUGAUGGAAAAUUAAGUUUCUAUUUCAACAAAAGAAGUUUGGUCAAAACUUCUAUAGAACAGACAUACAGUUAUUAUGUUGGAAAUAAUGGAAGUGAAAUUGAUCCUCAGGCCUCUGGUGCAUAUGUAUUUCGGCCAAGUGGUAAAUUUCCUAUAGAAUCAGAUAAGGUUCCUUUGACAAUCUUAGAAGGGCCGUUGCUACAUGAAGUACAUCAACAGAUAAAUUCAUGGAUACAUCAGAUCACAAGACUACACAAGACAAAUGAACAUGUGGAAGUCGAGUUCAUUAUUGGUCCCAUACCAUCUAAUGAUGGUAUUGGUAAAGAAGUAGUAACUCAGUUUACAACAACUAUGGACACCAGGAAAACAUUCUACACUGAUUCAAAUGGACGUGAUUUUAUCAAAAGAAUCCGUGAUCAUAGAUCAGAUUGGAACCUUCAAGUCAACCAACCUGUCUCUGGAAAUUAUUAUCCCAUUAACCUAGGCAUGUAUAUUGAAGAUGAGGAGACAGAAUUAUCAGUAUUGGUAGAUCGAGCAGUAGGUGGAACCAGUUUGGUGGAUGGCCAAGUUGAACUGAUGCUCCAUAGGAGAUUGUUUCAUGAUGAUAGUCGAGGUGUAGCAGAAAAUCUUGAUGAAGAAAUUUGCAUAGACACUAAAUGUGAAGGAAUAAUAAUUCAAGGUAAGUUAUAUAUUAGAGUUGAUCCAUUGGGCAAAGGAGCUCAGUGGCGCAGGUCAACAGGUCAGAAGAUAUAUUCCCCUCUUCUUAUUGCAUUCUCUGAAGAGCAUGGAGGAAACUGGUCAAAUUCUCAUGCAACGACAUUCUCAAUGAUGGACCAUUCAUACAGCUUGCCAGACAAUGUUGCAUUGAUAACUCUCCAGGAGCUUCAAGAUGGAAAUGUUCUCAUAAGGUUUGCACACAUGUACGAGGCAGAUGAGGACAAGAAUCUCUCAGAGAUGGCAUAUGUUGAUCUUAAGAAAAUAUUUCCAGACAAAAAGAUCAGCAAAAUAGUGGAAAUGAAUUUAAGUGCUAAUCAAGAACGACAGCAAAUGGAAAAGAAGAAACUUAAAUGGCAAGUAGAGAGUUCACCAAGUGCAGACACUGUAGUACGAGGAGGGCUUGUUGAUUUUACUGAAUUGGUGAUUGAGCUAGGACCGAUGGAAAUCAGAACAUUUAUUCUGAACUUUAACAAUACAUAACAACCAUUUGUUCCAUCGUUAGCGAGACCCAACAUAAAUCACAUGCACCCAACUGUGUUGUGGUCCUUGGUACUAUGUACUAUUGAGAUGGUGUCUUGAGAGAUCUAAAUGUAGAUGUUUUUUUUAACCUCCAGAAUGAAAAAAUAAAAUUCCAUACGUAAGCUCGUGCUUUCAUUUA